AUGUCGUUUCUUGAAAAAGGAGCAACCUGCGGCCAAUAUGAUUGUUCGAUAGAGCAGCGAUGCGUAAUAAAGAAGGAUGGGUGAGUUAUUUUUUUUUAAAUUUUUACAGUAUUUUUACGUUAAGGGACAUUUUAUACGAUCAAACAUUCUAAACAUGUUUCAUCGUACGAGAUGUCACCAAUAUAAAUGACUUUUCAAUUUGAGUAGAAUUAGGGUAGGAACUAUGGUUUGUAGUGUUAGUAAGACUAGUGACAUUUUAUACGAUGAAUUAUGACCAAACCAAAAGUACAUGUUUAAUCGUAUAAAAUGACACUGAAAAUCUACCUACGCGUUUGCAGGGAAAUAAUUGGCUGUUUCAAAUACAUCCCCGAAGAACUAACGUCGGCGGACUACUUUUACUACGCGUUUUGUAUCGUGUACACCAUGUCAAUGCUACUCGGAAUGGCCAUCUACCAAUGGAAGAAGUUCAUGGCACGGAAAAAGGACACUGUACACGAUCCUGAUAUUGGAACACCUCCUCCAGUCUAUCGCCAUUGA